AAUCAAUAACGCUUGGUCAUAAAACUAUUUUAAUUUCGUUUAGUAGUCUGGUAAAAUUGAAUUUUUUUUUUUAAGACUUAGCUGUCAAAAAUCCAAUCCGUAUAAAUUCGUAGUAUGCAGAUGAGUCGUAUGAGUUCGCCGUCUAUCGGGAUGGAUGAAGACAGCGGCGCUGGUCAUGCAUUGACUGAUUUCUUGCUCCAACUUGAAAAUUAUAGUCCUUCGAUUCCAGAUUCUGUUGUUGCGUACUACUUAAACAUGUCUGGCUUCGAAUCACAAGACCCAAGAUUGAUAAGACUGAUAGCAUUAGCGUCCCAGAAAUUCUUAUCGGACAUAGCAAAUGAUGCAUUACAGCACUGUAAAAUGAGAACGUCGAGUCAAAUUAAUCAGAGCUCGAAGAACCAAAAAGGACCAAAGGAAAAGAAAUAUGUCAUGACAAUGGAAGAUUUAGUGCCCGCCCUUCAGGAAUAUGGAAUCUCAGCAAAGAAACCACAUUAUUUUGUUUAAUUAUAAGGGAAAAUUAUAUCUAAGCAAUUAAAUACAAUAUAUAAAGAAGAUGUUGAUUUACUUUAUAUAAAAUUCGCAAUCUUAAGAUUAUUUUAAACGACAAUAGGCUUUAAGUGGGAAUUUAAUAUUAAUAUAUAAGUUUUAAAUGGUGUACACUCACAUAGAGACUGGUAUAAAUUUAGUUUUCAAUAAAUUAAUUAUAUGUAACAACAUUUGUGAUUAAAGAAUUUGUAAAUAUAAAAGAUACAAAAUA